UUAAAAUUUGAACAGCAGCUGUAUGUUUGUAACUUUGUUAACUGUACUUAAGGAUUGGGCAAAUGGAUGACAAAGCCAGUGCUGUAUUUGAUGUGACAGAUAAAAACACUGAUCCAAUUAAUUUGUUUAAGAAAUGGUACGACACAGCACAAGAAGCUGGUGUUGUGAAUGCUGAUUCUAUGAUGGUAGCGACUGUUAAAAGUGAUGCCACCCUAUCUGCAAGAAUCGUUUCACUACAAGGUUUUGAUGAAAAAGGAUUUCGUUUUUCCACCAACUACAACAGUGUUAAAGCUAAAGAGUUGGAAUUAAAUCCUAAUGUUGCUUUAGUGUUUUUCUGGAACCUGAUUCAACGAUCUGUUCGAGUUGAAGGAACUGUAGAGAAAUUUUCAGAUGAAGAGUCAGAUAACUGCUUCAACAAAUUGCCGCCAUCUUUAAAGUUUGGUGUCCACGUGGGUGAGAAUCAGAGCUCUGUCAUAGCCAGUAGGGAAAUGUUGGUUAAAAGAGUUGCUACAUUGACCCAGGAACUCGCUGGAAAAGAAAUAACUCGCCCGUCGUUCCUAGGAGGUUACACAGUGAAGCCGCAUCGAUUUGAGUUCUGGAAAGGUCAGAAAGAUUGGAUGACAGACAGGAUUCUAUUCAUAAAAAAGAGUGGAUUGCCAGGCUGGACCAUUCAACGCUUGGAACCUUAAUACAAAUCUUUAUCUGUGUACUAUUUUACAGAUAAUUCAACUCAGGCCUUAAUCCCAGGUCCCAUAACGUGCCUCGGUAUAAGACCCUACCCUUACAUAACGCCAUUGUGCAUAUUCUUUUUUAAUGUACAUAAUAAAUGCUGAUUUGCUAGUUCCAUUUCACUUAAUUAUGCUUAAGUGCUUGCAGGUUUCCUAUUUCCAUUGACUGCAAUCAAAAGUAGCUAAGGCAAUGAUUGUACAACAACAUUUUACUUUUAUUGUUUGCUGAUACUGCCUUUUCAUUUUCAUGUUGGCUUACGCAGUAAUAUCAUAUAGUUUUCAUCUUCUUGGUUACAAAGUUACAAAUGCGAUGCCGAUACUGUGUAGUUGAUUAGUUUUCGUAUAUGUUGUAGGCUCUAGCUCUAGUGGCAAAUUCUGCAAUUCAGAUGUAACCACUUGGUUGGAGCAAAUAUUGUUCAUCAGUAACAACAUCGAGCUUCCUGGUGUUAAUAUUUGCAUUCUAAGCUUUCUAUGGUUGCUUUCUAUGCAG